AUUGGAGAUGUACCCAUCCCUAAUCAGUUGGUCACAUUGGUUGGUGUAGACGGCACUGUGUACGAGAAUAGCACUUUGACGGACAGCAACGGUUUCUACGAGUUUACAGAUUUGCCCAAUGGAGAAUACAAAGUGACUGCUCCUGAUAUGGUUGAUGGAGUUGGAGAGCUUGUAGACUAUCCUGAAGAUCUCCAAGGUGACGAUGGUGUCGCCGAAGAAUCAAACCGCAAGAUAACUGACGCUGUCAAGGAUUAUACGGAGGUUAACUUCUGGUAUGAAGAUCUUGGUACGAUUUCUGGAACAACGACAGAGGAAGACACUGGCAAGCCUAUACCUCAACUUGAAUGUACCCUGGAGAUGCUUGACCAUAGGGGACUUGUCGACACUAGUUUCCCUAAGAGAACUGUUGCUACGCUUGACAACGGCACGUACGAGUUCACUGACCUGUCUACUGGCAUUUACAAGGUUAUUUGCCCGAAGUUGGCUGAGAACCCAGACGAAAAUUUCAAUGGAUCACUCAAUACAGGUCCCACUGAUACUGAUGGCAAAAAGGAGGAGCACAUUACUUCCAUCACCGAUACGAUUCGAGACAUAACUAAUGUGGACUUUAAGUAUCUACCAUUCGGCAAGGCAACCGGAGCCACUAUUAAUGGUCUCGACGGAACCGGAAUUAAGGAAGUUGUUUGUGUGCUAACCAUGGCAGAGGAUAGUCAGUUCUCCCAAGACGUCAUAUCUGGCGAACAAGGAAAGCUAGUAAUGGAGAAUCUUGUGGACGGAACUUACACUUUGGUCUGUCCUGUUGAAGUUCCCGGAGUGGGUGACAUCAGCAGUGGACCAGUUGACGGUGAUACAAUCCUUGCGGAGACAACCUUCACUAUCUCCCCAACUAAGAAGACCGCAGAUGAUCUCGUCUUUACAUAUCUAUCGCCUGGUAUGUUGCAGGGUACCACUUUGCUGGAAGGUACUACUAUUCCGAUCCCCAACGUUGUGGUUAUACUCGUUGAUCUAAACGGAGGUAAACCAAAUCAGACAAUGACUACUGGAGAAGACGGAAAAUACAAAUUUACUGAUCUCGAAGAUGGUAAAUACCAAAUCGUGGUUGAAGAUGAUGGAGUCUACACUCCUGAUGGUGCCGAUGCACCCGUUGAUGUUUCCAUCGUUGACGGUCCAGAGAAAACCGGAUUGGACCCCGAAGAUGACAAGAAAUCUGAUGGCAAAUCAGUACAGGAAAUUACACCCACCCAGCGCGCAGUUGAUAAGAUUGAUUUCUUCUAUGCGACACCAGGUAUUAUUUCGGGCACUAUCAGUGAAGAGAUUCCAGGUGCUAAGAAGGUUGCGAUCCCAGACGUCACUUGCGUGCUCAAGGACGGCAGUGGCGCAGUGAUUCAGAGUGCCACUAGUAAUGACGUUGGAUUCUACGAGUUCACUGAUGUAGAUGAUGGUCAGUAUACUGUAGAGUGCCCUUACACUAUAGACGGUGUAGGAAACAUCACUGCUGGACCCGACGAUGACGAACCAAUUGAAAGCACCACUGUGGUCAUUGGUCCCGACGACCGAUCCAUUGUGAAACAGGAUUUCGAUUACCUGGCGCCUGGAGAAAUCCGCGGAACGGUAUUGGAAGACAUUACGAAUGUGGGCAUCGAGAACGUGACCUGCGAACUGGUCAAUCUUACGGAUGGAUCAGUACGCUAUGCUGUAACUGACUCGAAUGGUGAUUACAAAUUCUCUGAUCUGCCAGAUGGAGACUAUUCGGUGAAGUGUCCCAAAACCGUUGACGACAACGGUGUCGAUAUGGUGAUCUCUGAAGGUCCAACCGAUCUGUUUGGAGAGGAUGGUAAGCCUGAAGAAACUGUCACGAAGAUCACGCCAGUUACAAGAGUCGUGGAUGAAGUUAUUUUCAAGUAUAUUCCAGAUCUUGGAACUAUUUCGGGUCAUACAUAUGUGAAGGGAACCAAUGGAAGCAUUCCGGAUCAAGUGGUCACUCUCGUCGGUGUCGAUGAGGGUAAUUCAUACGCGAAGGAAGUGAAAACCGACGCUAAUGGUCAUUACGAAUUCACGGACUUGCCUAAUGGCGAGUACAAGGUGACAGCACCCGAUAACGUUGAUACGGUUGGGCCCCUUGUGGACUCACCUGUUGAUGAUGACGGUGUUCCCCAAGAAUCCAACUGGGAAAUCACAACAGACAUCAAACUGGUGGAAGAUGUCGAUUUCUUCUAUCAAGAAGUCGGUAGCAUAAGCGGUUCUACUGUUCAACUUGCGGGUGACGUGCCUAUUGCAGGACAGGAAUGUACCUUGGAGAUGUUGGAUGAUAGUGGUGUGACGGACACGACGUACGCUACUAGAACUAGUAUCACUGCAGAUGACGGUUCAUACGAGUUCACCGAUCUGGAAAAUGGCGACUAUAAGGUCACCUGCCCGGAAAUGAUCGAAGUUGAAGACUUCCAUGGACCGAUUAGCACUGGUCCGCCAGACUUUGACGGUGUCGCUGAAGAGACUACCACUAAGCUCACUGAUGAGAAACGAAAUAUAGAGGAUCUGGACUUCAAGUAUGUUCCUUAUGGAACUGCAACAGGAUCAGUCAUUAAUGGCCUAGAUGACAAACCGAUUGCCGGAGUUACGUGUGUAUUACAGUUUGUCCAGCCCGACGGGCAAGUAUUCGCACGGGAGGUCGAAUCUGGUGAUGAUGGUAUGCUGACGAUGACAGGCUUGGUAGACGGAUCAUACACUCUAAGUUGUCCCAAAGAGUUGCCCGAAGGUGACAUUAGCAGUGGACCAGAGGACCAUGACGAUUUGGAAGAGGUUACAUCAUUCAUUAUAUCGCCUAAUAAUAAGGAUGUCACAGAUCUAGAUUUUGUCUAUUUAGAGCCCGGAACAAUUGCCGGACACACUUAUUUAGACGGCACAACAAUCCCUAUUCCUGAUGUUACAGUCAUCUUAGUCGAUCUUGACAAUGCAGGUCCGAAUAAGACCGUGCAAACUGACUCCAAUGGUCGGUAUAUAUUUGAGGAGUUGGAAGACGGUAAAUAUCUGAUCGUUGUUGCGGACGAUGGAUCAUAUGUUCCCGCCGGUGAGACUGAAGCUGUGGAUGUCUCAAUCGUUGACGGCCCUGUGGUGACAACCAUCGAUCUAGUCGAUGAUAAGAGAACGGAUGGUAAAUCCGUGAAGGAGAUCAACGAAACUAUUCGCGCAGUGGAUAACGUCAAUUUCGAGUAUGCUCCACCAGGAGUUGUUUCCGGUACCAUCAGAGAAGACAUCUUCGGAAACGACAAUGUUGUGAUUGAGGGCGUCACGUGUACGCUAAAGGGUAUUGAUGCCGAGACGCAAGGUCUGGAUUAUUCAGCAACCAGCAACGAAGAUGGUCUAUUCGAGUUCACCGGUAUAGCUGAUGGUGAAUUCCUACUGGAGUGCCCCAAGAACGUACCUUCUGUGGGUGACGUCAGUCAGGGGCCUGAUGAAGAUGAGCCCAUCGAAUCGACUGUGGUUACUAUUUCGCAGGAAGAUCGAUCUGUCGUCAACCAAGAUUUCGAGUAUCUGCGACCAGGCAAGAUAGGAGGUUCUGUUGUAGAGGAAGGCACUAACACCGGUCUCGAGGGUGUCGAGUGCAAGCUCGUUAAUCUCAGCGACGGUACUGAGACUUUCGCCAUCACAGAUCAGUUCGGUAAGUACAGCUUCGAUAAUCUUGCUGAUGGCCAAUACAAGGUUGAAUGCCCCACUUCUGUCGUGGAUGACAAUGGCGUUAAUCGAACUAUCAGCCAAGGACCGACGGAUAAAUUGGUCGAGGAUGGACUUCCUGAGGAAACCGUGGUAGAAAUCACACCAGUUGUGAGAGAAGUGUCCGAUGUGAUUUUCGCUUACACGCCUAUUCCAGGUACAAUCUCUGGUCAUACCUUUGAGAAAUUAACUGGGGACGCCAUUCCAAGUCAGGUUGUCCUGUUGGUAGGUAUCGAUGGAACCGUUUACAGUGAUUCAGCAGUCACUGAUGAAAAUGGUUUCUACGAAUUCACGGAUCUUCCGGACGGAAAGUACAAGGUCAUCGCUCCGAAGGAUGUUGCCGCAGUAGGAGGUCUUGUUGACUUCCCUAAGGACAAUGAUGGUGUACCAAGCGAGUCAACUCGUUCAAUCACACCUACUGUGAAGAAACACGAAGAUGUCGAUUUCUUGUACCAGGAACUUGGUGUCAUCUCCGGUUCCACUGUCGAGGAGACUGCUGCUGAAGAACCUAUUGAAUUCCUCAUUUGUACGUUGGAUAUGCUUGAUGCAAACAACCUGGUUGUUGGUACCUUUAGUCAACAAUCGGCAGCUACAAAAUCUGAUGGCUCAUACGAAUUCACUGGAUUGUCAGACGGAAAGUACAAGGUUACCUGCCCGAAGACAGCCGACACCGAAACAUUUACAGGACCCUUGGACGGAGACGGUAAAGUAGACGAACAUUCAACGGCCAUCACUGAGCUGGUUCGCAAGGUUGAAGAUCUGGAUUUCAAGUAUUUACCGUACGGAACUGCGACUGGAUCCACAAUAACUGGAGUAGACGGGUCCGGUAUUUCUGACGUUGUUUGUACUUUAACUAUGGCCGAGGACAGUACUUUCACAGAGUCUGUAACGUCGGAUGCUUUAGGAGGUUUGUCUAUGACUGACCUAGUCGAUGGUACUUACACUUUGACUUGUCCUGUUGAAGAGCCAGGAGGUCGUGUCAUAUCUAGUGGUCCUAAUGACUCUGAUAAUAUCAUCGCUGAGACCACAUUCACUAUUUCCCCUACCAAGAAGACGGUAGAAAACUUGGUUUUCACCUAUCUGCCAACUGGUACCAUUGCUGGUACCACUUACUUGGAGGGUACAACUAUCCCGAUUCCCGGAAUCACAGUUACCCUUGUACCAUUGGAUGUUAGUGACCCUGUGGAGCAGACUACCGUGACAGAUGCAUUCGGUGAUUACCUCUUCACCGAUUUGCCCCAAGGAGCGUAUUUGGUGGUUGUAGAAGAAAUCGGCCAAUACGAGAGUGCGGCAGCAUCAGCGGAUGAUCCACCAAUCGUUGUUGGGCUUGUUAGCGGUCCGGAUGUCAAUGAGAACGAUCCGGUGGACGACCUGAAAACGGAUGCAAAGUCUGUGCAAAAGCUCAGCAGCACCGUAAUGGCAAUCAACGAUGUCGAUUUCGAGUAUGCACCUCCAGGUAUCAUUUCUGGUACUAUUCGGGAGGAUCUUCCCAAUGGAGAGACUGUCGUGAUUCCUGGAGUCACUUGUUCGCUGAAGGAUAGUACUGGCGUGGAAGUACAGACGGCCACUUCUGACAGCAAUGGACGUUUCGAAUUUACCGAUGUCGACACCGGUGAGUACACUCUUGAAUGUCCUAAGAAUGUCCCAAGUGUGGGAGACGUAAGUAGCGGGCCUGACACUGAUGACAUUCUGGAAUCGACUACGAUUGUGAUUGAAGGCGAGAAUCGUACAAUCGUUAAGCAAGAUUUCGAGUACAGGAAGCCCGGCACAAUCGCUGGUGCCGUGCUCGAUGAAACCACCAACCUACCUAUCGCCGAUGUUGACUGUACGUUGAUCGCAGAAGACCUGUCUGAAACGACAGUUGCAACAGAUGCAGCUGGUAACUUCAUAUUCAACGGUCUGAAGGAUGGAAAGUACACUGUCCGUUGCCCUCUAGAAGUAGACGAUGGUAGAACGAUCACUACUGGACCCGCUGAUUCACUCGGCGAGGAUGGUAAGAUCUACGAAACAACAGUCGAGCUUUCUACUACCAACCGGGACGAAGACGAUUUGAUUUUCAAGUAUCUUGAACCCGGAUACGUGUCAGGAAAGUGUUAUGAUACUUCAGAUCAAUCUCCGAUCUCAGACCAGGUUUGUACACUAAUUGGCACAAAUCCAGUUGGUUACUCAGAAACCUUCAAAACUGGAAGUGAUGGUACUUUUGAGUUUACUGAUGUGCCCGACGGCUCAUACAUGCUAGAGUGUCCAACCAGCGCUUCGAAAGACAGGGAAUUGACCGAAGGACCGUCGGCGACAGGUUUGAUGCAACAAAUGCCAAUUGCGCUUUCUGCUAUGUCCUCACGCACGAGUUUGAACAAUGAUUUCGGAUAUUUUGCCGAAGAAAUUAUUAUUGUGCCUUCUCCAUCACCAACUAGUCAGCCCUCAGCAUCGAGCCAAGCUUCAGCGUCUAGCCAACCUUCACAGUCUAGUGUAGCAUCUCAAUCGAGUGCUCCGUCACGUACCAGUGUAGCAUCUCAAUCGAGUGCUCCGUCACGUACCAGUGUCGCUUCACAAUCGAGUGCUCCUUCCAGAUCCAGCCAGCCUUCGGCUUCCAAUCAACCGUCGCGAACUAGUGUGCCUUCGUCGAGUAAUUCACCGAAUCCCAAUGCUGUCGAUCCAGUGUUACCUUCUUCGGAUCCGACAAGAGCAGCUCAGCCGUCGCAGUCUAGCGUGCCUUCGCAGACUAGUCAGCCCUCGCGAACUAGCCAGGCAUCACAGUCGAAUGCGCCAUCGAGAUCGAGCCAGCCCUCAAGCACCAGUGCGGCCUCACAGAGCGCUUCACCAGGUCCAUCGCAGUCAAGUGCUCCAUCUCAGAGUACGUCACCCACUCAAUCGAUCGCUGCCUCGAGGUCGAGUCAACCAUCGACAUCAUCGCAGCCUUCGCAGACCAGCCAGCCCUCGCGUUCCGGCUCGCCGGCGAUUGGAGUGAGUAACCCACCUGAAUCACCGGCGGCGACACGGUCCAGUCAGCCCUCACAGUCCAGUGCGCCCUCGCAGACUAGCCAGCCCUCGGCUUCAGGAACAUCUCAGCCAUCACAGACGAGUGCUGCAUCGCAAUCUGGCGCUCCUUCGCUGAGUGGCCAGCCCUCACCGACCAGUCAACCGUCGCAGACGAGUAUUGCGUCAUCAUCGAGUGCCCCAUCACAGUCCAGUGCCGCGUCACAGUCUAGCGCACCAUCGCAGUCUAGCGCACCCUCGAGAUCCAGCCAGCCUUCGGCUUCCAAUCAACCGUCGCGAACUAGUGUGCCUUCGUCGAGUAAUUCACCGAAUCCCAAUGCUGUCGAUCCAGUGUUACCUUCUUCGGAUCCGACAAGAGCAGCUCAGCCGUCGCAGUCUAGCGUGCCUUCGCAGACUAGUCAGCCCUCGCGAACUAGCCAGGCAUCCCGAUCUAAUGCUCCGUCAGCGUCGAGUCAACCGUCACAGACUAGCCAGCCAACUCGGUCAUCUGACCCAUCGAGCUCGGCUCAAGCGUCGCCAACUAGCCAGCCGUCGCAAACUAGUGUGGCUUCACAGUCUAGUGCCGCGUCGCCCGGUGCCGAUGUCGUGCCUGCUUCUCCCGCUGCUACUCGUAGUUCUCAGCCGUCGCAGUCCAGUGCUGCGUCACAGUCAUCAGCAGCUUCGCUGUCUGCUGCCGCUAGCCCGUCUUCAGCUGCCUCUCGAUCGAUUGUACCGUCGACGUCUAAUCAACCUUCGCAGACGAGCCUGCCAUCGCAAUCAGGAUCUCCUGCCCCAGGCGUUUCUUUCGUACCAGCGUCGCCGGCGGCUACCAGGAGUUCUCAGCCAUCACAGUCGAGUGCGGUGACUCCCCAGGCUUCUGUUUCAAGUGCACCUUCUACAUCGAAUCAACCUUCGCAGACUAGCCAGCCUUCACAGACAGGUUCGCCCGCGCCAGGUGUUACUAUCGUACCAGAGUCGCCUGCGUCCACCAGAAGCUCUCAGCCGUCACAGUCUAGUGCUCCAUCGCAAUCGCCGUCCAGCCAGCCGUCUUUGAGUAGUCAACCUUCACAGACUGCCUUGUCGACUGUUGUACCAGAUUCGACGGCGCCUAGUAGAACUGCCCAGCCAUCUCUGACUAGUCAACCUUCGCCAACGAGCGAUCCAUCACGAAGCAGUGAUCCUUCGCGAUCUAGCCAGCCCUCGCAGACUAGCCAACCUUCUCAAUCAGGUUCGCCAGCGCCAGGUACUUCGUUUGUGCCUGCGUCACCGAUAGCUACCAGGGAUCCACAGCCUUCGCAAACAUCUGUACCAACUGCGCAGCCCACGAGAGAUGCACAACCGUCGAGCUCAACUGCUCCAUCGCAAACGAGUUUGGCUUCGCAGUCGAGUGCGCCCUCCGUUUCAAAUCAACCGUCGCAGACUAGUGUGCCAUCGCAUGUGCCAUCGCAGUCAGUGUCGCCGGAUCCCGAACUUCCGGUUGUGGAGCCCACCGCGCUGCCAACAAGAGACCCACAACCGUCGCAAUCCAGCGUUCCGUCGCAGUCUGCUGCACCAACGACACCGGGGGGAGCAGCUACACCCAUAUCCACUGUAGCGGCAACGCCCGUAUCCACUAUAGCGGCGACACCCUUAUCAACUAUAGAGGCCACACCUCUAUCCACUGUAGUGGCUACACCCCUAGCUACUGUCACACCUGUGGGACCUGUUGUGCUUGGUCCGCCCGGAGAUAUCACUGGUACCGUGGUCAGUACAGUGAGUGGACCUAUCCCUAACGUGGUGGUAGCCCUCUUUGACAAGGAUGGUGAGCUUUUCGAUGAGGUGCUAACUAAUGAUGAUGGGGUAUAUCUAUUCGAAGAUCUUCCCGUAGGACCAUACAAGGUUGUAGUUUCUGAGACUUACUUCGUUGAAGGUGAAGACGGUAUGGUCGAGGUUCUGGUGAAGGAUCCAGAUGGUUUCGUAGACGGACAAUUCCAGACCAACGUCAUUGCUGACACAGUCACAGAUGUCGACGAGUUCGUUUAUUCGCCUCCAGGUUCCGUAAGUGGUAGUGUGUACUCUGUCGUGGGAGAACCUUUGAGCCCUGUAUCGCUAGUUCUAAUCGACACUCAAGGAAGUGUCAUACAAUCUACGGAUACAGUGGCAAAUGGUGACUACGUCUUCGAAAAUGUCCCUGUUGGUGACUACACCGUGAAGGUCAGUGAAGAUGACCUUCCAGAUUACUUCCUAUUCGACGAUGUCGAUGAUGUCACGGAUGGAGUAACACCCGCGAUUUUGACCGAAGAAGAACCGAGCAAGGGAGGACUCGAUUUUAUCUUUGACACGUUAGCCAAUAGAACACCCGGAGGAGGAGAAGGUGUCGGUGUUGUAACUCCAGUUGUCACGCAAGGAACCGUUGGCGGUGUCAUUGUUGACGAAUUCGGAAAUGGAGUUGCCGGAGUACCAGUAUCGAUUCUCAAACCCGAUGGUUCGAAUGUAACGGCUGUUACUAAUAGUAUCGGAGAGUUUGUAUUCCUUCCCAUGCCCCCUGGCAAUUACUCCGUGUCUGUACCUACCGAGUAUGAGAUCAGACCAGGAGUGAUUGGCCUUAUCGCAGGUGAUCCAGAUGCCGUCACAGACGGUUAUACCGAAGUUACUAUCGGUGUGGACGGUACCGUGCCAUACUUAGACCGGUACACAUACGCUCCCUUGGGCGAUGUAUCAGGAAGUGUUAUCAAUACUCUGGGCGAACCUUUAGAAGACGUUGCUGUUCAAUUGAUGAGCGAAGGAGUUGCUAUCUUCGAGACGACUACUAAUCAGAAUGGUGCAUACUCUUUCGCUGAUCUACCCGACGGCAGCUACGAAGUUGUUGUUGAUACGGAAGCAGUUGAAUUCCAUCGUUUCGUUGCUGAGGCAAACCCUCAAAGCAUAGAGAAUGACGGAAUGGAUGGUCGUAUUCCCGUUGCUAUGGUGGGUGGCCAGGCUGUCGGCGGAGCUGACUUUGCUUAUCAGAAAGGAGGCAGCAUAUCUGGUGUCUUGUCGAGUGUGGAGUCCGGAGCUGGACUAGGAGGUAUCGUUGCAUACCUUUACGAUUCCAAUGGUAACGUUGUUGGUUCGGGUGUCACCAACGCAAAUGGUUUCUAUCUCUUGGAAGGUGCUAGCACUGCCGGAAAUUACUGUAUCAAGGUUGAAGAAGACAUUGAUGCACCCUGUGUGGCCGAGGCCACUGUCGAAGAGGACGGCGGUGCUAUGCAAGUCGGCGUUGUUGCACUUGUAACUGACGGAGUCGCGUUCACUGGAGUGAACGGACAAGUUAUGUUCGGACAAGGUGGUGUUGUCGUCGGAAAUGAAUCCAAUAGUGGAGGAAGUGGGUCUGUUCUGUCUGGUGUCAAUAUUCAAUCCACCGUAUUGGCUCAGCUGCCACACCCAGGAUCUAAUGUCACUUCCGUUGAGAUCGAGAUGGUCAUUCCUGAUGGUUACUCUGUUAUUGAGGGCGUGAGUGGUACUACAACCAGCGGCGUGUCCGGCACCGUGCUUUCCACUGCUCUCGGAUCGGUUACUGGCUAUAUCACGGACGGAUUAACCGGCGCUGGUGUUGCUGGUGUGUCGGUGUCUAUCACCAACGCGGAAGGUAAUGUGAUCUCAGUCGUCACCGAUUCGAAUGGUCAAUACAUUUUCGAUAACCUCGACCAAGGUAUUUACCAGGUUACAAUUCCAGAGGUUAUUGAUGGUAACGUCGUAUCCACUGGUUCAGCCGUCACCGCUGUGGAAGUCACUAAUGGACAGGUCAGCUUAAUGGGAGGUGUAGAAUUCGGACCUCCAGGAAGUGGUUCUGGACGCCUUUAUCUGCUUACCAACGAAGUUGCUCUAGGCGAUGUACCGGUUGUACUUCUUGAUGGUACUUCAGGUGUGCAGUUGAGAGAGACCACCACUAACAGUGAUGGCUACUAUGUGUUCCCUGACCUUACUACUGGUAGCUACAUCGUUAAGGUGCCCUUGGAAGCCGGUACUCCGCUUUUCAAGGAAGAGAGAGCUGACAACGCUGUCGAUGGACAGUCCGCUUUCUCGCUCGAAACCAACACAGAUUCUGUCUCGUCGAUCGAUUUCAUGUACUUUGAUCCUAGCCUACCAUACACUGGAGGUGCUUUGAUAGGGUACGUUUCUAUGGCGAAUACUGUCGGCGGUCUUUCCGGUAUGGUUAUCACCGUAACAAGGGAGGCUGAUGGCAUGCAGUUCUCUACUGUAACCAACUCUGACGGCCAAUACAAAUUCGAAUACUUAGAGGCCGGUGUCUACACAAUGGAAGCACCUACUCAGAUCACGCUACCUAACGGUGAGCAGAUCACACUCACUCAGGAUCCUGAUCAGAUUCUUGACGGCCAACACACCGUUGAGAUUACUAGUGGAGAUAUGGAGGUGGAAGGGUACUGGGCGUAUUCUAACAGUGAGUUCGUGCAGGAUGUCGGUGGAGGUAUGCCUGAGAAUUGGUAUGUCUGCUCUCCUCAGUGUGGCGAAGUACCUGACGGCGAUGUUUGUAUCCAGAAGAUCUGCUUAGAUGUGGAAGGUUGUGAUAUCACUGGUACAUACACCAUUGAAGACAUUCCACUCAUGUGUACCAGACCCUCUGGGGAGUGUCCCUCGGAUAGUGCUAUGACUAAUGCCGUAGUAUCACUACAAACUGAGAAUGACCUGUGCGAUGCUUCCUUCGAAAACGAGAACUUGUUCAAUGCCAGGAUGCAACAGUACACGGACGGAUCUUACUUGGUCGAGAAACCAGACUUCCAAGUGACCUUCGGACUCCUUUCGUACUGGGAAGUACAGCUUUCAGCUGCGGAAGGAGGUCUUCUUCUUGAAGAUGCAGAAAUCUUCAGUUUUGAGCGUGCCGUCGGUGUAGGUGGCGACUGUACUGGUAUUCUAUUCAACAACAAUCUUGAUGGGCUCAAGCAGGCAUUCAGCUCAAAGCCUGAUAAACAAACACUCCGUCUCGUUGUCCCGGUAUCAUUCGCCCUAGUCUGUCCUACUGCAGGCAGUGAACAAGCGGAUGUCGAAAUCGUAAUGGGCACAAAGCUGUCGUACAUCGGCACCGGUGGCCGUCGUCGUAGUGCCAUCAUGCACUCCGUUGUGCGCCGUGAAGUUGCCAACAAGAACGUUCCCUUCACAAUCGAUGUCGAUAUCAACCCAAGUGACGUGAACGACGCAGCCGCCAAUGUGAAUGGACCGGGUGAGAAGACCAUCACGAUUACGGAAGAAUCUAAUGAUUCGCUGAUUAUCAUCGCGGCCGCCAUCGGCGCACUACUAUUGUGCUGCUGCUGCUGCUUGCUAUUCGCGCUUCUGUUCUUGUACGCCCGCCGAAGAAAGCAGAAAGAGGAUCAGAAUCGAAUCAUGGUUCGCCCCGAGUACAAUACAUCAGGCGCUACUAUGUAUAGUGCGUCCAUGGCACCUUCCUAUGAUGGCAUGACGAGCCAGAUUUCCAGUGGAUGGUUGAGUGGCAAUCAGAGCCAAUACAACACCUCGCAGAUGAGUGGUGACACAUUCAAUACUGGAAGCAGAACUGAUCACUUCAGUGGCGCUUACAACAUGUCGCAAACCAGCCAAGGAUUGGAUGGAUACAGCGGCAACGAAAGCAAUGCAGGCAUGUACGUUGCCGAGCAGCAAUACCACAACGACGGUCAGUCGCAAAUCUACCAUGAUGAUAAUGCUAGCGGUGUGGAUGUAGAUUCAGCCAAUCAGCCGUAUUAUUAUGGUAAUGCGGAUGACCAAGGACAAUACUACCAGGGUGGAGAGUAUCAGGAAGGAGGAGAGUACUACGAAGGUGAGGAACAUAUUGACGGCAGCUAUCCUGAAGAAGGAGCCGAGUACUACCAGGGAGAGAACGGAGAACAACAGUACUAUCAAGAUGACGGUUCCAUGGGACAAGAAGGUCAAUACUACGAAGACUACCCAGCCGACGAUCAACACAGCCAAACUGGCUCACAGGAUCAACAACACGAGAACGGUGCCCAGCCCCUAGAAGAUCCCCGUAUUGCCUCAAAUAGAUACAGUUCUUACGGCAACACGGACGAUUUCUCGUCGGUGUAA